AUGAGCGAUCAGCUUGUUGUAAAACUGGAAGAACAAAAUAGUCGUCGUCAUCAACUGGAACAGCUUGAUUUAGAAGCACUUCCAAACGAACUUAUUCUUCAAAUAUUUGGAUAUUUCAAUGCCUAUGAUGUUUUCAAAUCAUUUUACUCAUUAAAUGUUCGGCUUAAUAGUCUAUUGCACGCCACACAUUUGCAUAUUGAUUUAAUAAAUGUUACAAAAGCCGUGCACAAUUACCAUCAACAGGUCAUAAUAUCAACUAGCAACAGCAAUCAGAUGAUAACAGCAAAAUUACAAGAUAUCAGUGACAGAAUCAAAAUUUCUGAUUCAUUAGUGGCAAUAAAUCUACAAUCGUUAACAAUCGAUGACUUAACACUUAAAAAUAUAGGUUAUGUUAGAUCCAUAUUACUGAAACUGAAACAUCUGACAUAUUUAAGUUUAACGUCAUCACCGGAUUGUAUAAGUACAGAUCUGACAGACAAAUUGAUGGAAACAAUAUUUACAGAUAGUGAAAUGAGUAGAUCGUUAAAAUCAUGUAAACUAUCUCUUGCGGAUCCGAUUCGUUUUCGAGAUAACGUAACAACAAACGCAAGAGCAUCCGCUAUUGAAUAUCUAUCAUUUUGUCAAUGGUGUGAUAUAUAUCAAUUAACCUCGCUAUUAAAACGGGUACCAAAAAUUAAGAGCCUAACAGUUUAUCUCUGUGGUGAUUUUGAAGAUACUGAUCUGGCUUUGUCACCGUUGUCCGAAAAUCUGAUUUCAUUUCAAGCAGAAAUUUAUCGUGUUCCGUUUGACGAUAUUCAAUUGUUAUUAAUAAAUAAAUUAUCACCAAAGCUCGAGUAUUUAAAACUUUUCACAAUGAACCGUCUUGAAUAUAUGGAUGGGAAGAAAUGGGAACAAUUUUUAUCAUUUUAUUUUCCAAUCUUAAAACAGUUUCAGUUGUCUUGUACUGUUAAUGAUGUUAAAACACCACCAAAUCUCACUGAAAUAGCACAAUCAUUUAGAACAAAAUAUUAUUUAGAACAUAAAUGGUACUAUGUUUUUGAUUAUGAUAAAGAGGAAUUGUCGAUGUAUCCAACAUUAGCAACAACGGACGAUCCACAAAUAUUGAAUCACACUUUUCAGAACAUCAAAAUUCUAGAUCUAGCACUUUAUGAUAAUCCAACAGCACUGACAAAGCGUUGUUACCCAAACGUUCAUACAUUAAGUUUCUCAUCUAAAUUAUCUAGUAGUGUGAAUGUUUCUCCAGCACUCAUCGACGAUAUUUUAAAUACAAUUAGUGUUGCAAAUUUAAAAACCCUACGUUUUCAAGACGGUGAAAUUUAUCCUCGAAUGAUGUUAGAAUUAAUUAAGUUCACGCCAAAUUUGUCAACAUUGGAAAUAUUUCAUAAAGUUCUGUUGAAUAUCACAGAUAAUCUUACUGACGAAAACAUCUGUUUAUGUUUACAAAAAUCUAUAAAAAAUUUAAAAUUGAUUUUCGAUAGUACUCUACCAUCAACAGAUGAUCUACGAUUACUACUAGAAAAAAUUAGUAAAAACUUAAGUAUAUUAACUUUAGUAUCAACCGUUUCUGGGCAAGAAUUUACAACUGAUUUUGUUGAGCAAUUAAUAACAGAGAAUAUCAUCGAUGGCAAUGUGAUUGAUUACGAGUUUGUUGAUAAUAACAGAGACUUAUGUUUUUAUUUCUGA